UAUACGUUCCUCUCCGCCUGUGUCACUUAGCGACCUAAAUCAGUUCAACACAAACUGACAAUUUUAGCUUCAGUUUAAAAUCGGUUGUCGGGGUUUAAAAGCGCUGAAAGUAUUUUAGUCACUUAAUUAAUUUAAAAAUCGAGUAUAAUCAAAAUAACAUAUAAAAUCUUUAGUGCAAUGAAAAUAAACUAUGCUGCGAAGUGCUUCUCGCAUUUUAUUGUGUGGAUGAUAAAAAUAGAAUGUGUCUAAAAUGCCAAUGGUUUUUAAAGCUUCAAAUACACAUUAAAAGAAAAUACUACAGCCGAAACUACUCAAAUUUGGAAUUUGUAUAAAUAUAUAUAGUGAUAGUGUCAAAUAAACAACAGUAUAUAAGAUGUGGUAGCAUCUACAUUAAUGGCGUACCUGACCAAAUCUUUGACUAUAGUAAUCACCUUGUUGAUGUUUAACAAUGGAGUGUAUUUAAAUUCAUAUCAAUACGACUACAAUCCGUAUGUGAAGGAAUAUACAAAAAAUAUUACCCUUAAACAAGGUGUAUUACAAGGAGUAAUAGUGGAACCAAAAAUUAAUAGUGAGAAUCAGUACCGGGUCGGAGUGUUUAAAGGAAUACCCUAUGCAGCUCCACCUAUUGGUGACCUACGAUUUAUGCCUACAGCGGGAGCACCUUCAUGGUUCGGUAUUAAAUAUGCUGAUCAAUUUGGACCAGUUUGCCCUCAAAAGCUUCCUGAUGAAAGAAAAAUGCCAGCGUUUAGAAAAGAAUACUUUUUGCGUUUAAAAUCGUAUCUACAAAAUCAAAGUGAAGACUGUUUAUAUUUGAACAUAUAUGCUCCCAUUCGAAAACAUGAGAUUACUUCAAGAAAAUAUCCUGUAAUGGUAUACAUACACGGAGAAUCAUUUGAAUGGAACUCGGGAAAUCCUUAUGACGGAACAGUUCUAGCUGCAUAUGGAAACGUUAUAGUGGUAACUCUAAACUUCCGUUUAGGAAUAUUGGGAUUCUUGAAAGCUGGCGUAGAAGACACAUCUAGAAGUAAUUUCGGACUGGUGGAUCAAGUUGCUGCAUUAGUUUGGAUUAGAGAUAAUAUUGCAGCCUUCGGCGGUGACAGCAAUUCUGUUACUUUGAUUGGUCAUGGUACUGGGGCUGUCUGUGCAAGUCUUUUAAUGAUCAGUCCUAUGAUAUUAAUCGAAAAUGAAAGAUUGUUCCAUAGAGCUAUCUUAAUGAGCGGUACAGCUUUGUCAGAUUGGGCCUUAGCAAGCAGUCCUAACGAAGUAGCCUAUCAAGUUUCGAAAGCGGUCAACUGUCAAAUACACGAUGACUUUGCUGAAUGUUUAAGGAAAAAAAGACUGGAAGAAAUUAUGGCUGCAGGGGCCAUUACUCCAGACUAUAAAACACGUUUUGGACCUAUAGUGGAUUCAUUGGUGGUGCCUAAUGAACCGAAGAAAUGUAUGACACAGUAUCACGACAUAUUUCGAAGAUUUGAAGUAAUAUAUGGCGUAAAUGAAAUUGAAAGUAUUAACCUCCUAGAUCCAAUUGGUCUUUCUCAUGGACUUCUUUUAAAAGAGAGGGAUCAAGAACUUCGGACGUACUUUCGAUCUCGCUGUGAAAUGAAACCGGAAGUGUGCUUGCAGCGGACUUUAGAUGAAUAUGGAGCUAACGAUAUUCUAACAAACGUAAACAGUGGCCAAAAGUACAGUUACCAAAUGUAUGAACCCAAUCAAGCAAUAAAGGCCAGAGAUGUAUUACUAGAUAUUUUAUCAGACGCUCGUUCGGUAGCUCCAAUGAUACAAACGGCCAAAUACCACUCUUUGCUCAAUAUGCAGUCUUAUUUUUAUGUUUUUAAGCACAAAACAACGUCCAAAAAUUAUAUAAGAGAAAAAACCUAUACCGGAGAAGAAUUACCGUAUGUUUUUGGAAUUCCUCUAGGUGGGCCAAAGUAUCAUUUUACCGAUAAAUAUACCGAUCAAGAACGCUUAUUUUCUGAAAUUGUUAUGAUGUAUUUUUCUAAUUUUGCAGAGACAGGCAACCCAAAUGUUCCACGGAGAAAUUUAUUUAUUAAUUUAAGUCCUGCAUAUUGGACCCAGUUUGAUGUUGACUGGCCAGAAUUUGAUAAUAAAAACGAAAGAUAUUUGGAACUAGAAAUUCCACCUCAACCCCUUACGUCUUAUAGAAAAGAGGAAAUGAAAUACUGGAACGAAAUGUUUUCGAAAGUAUUAGAAAACAAUAGUUUCAACAUGUUUUCGACGAAAAAGCCAGUUUUUGAUAAUUUUGGAUCAGUUCCACCUCGACGACCAAACCAUCCACCACCUUGGAUAUACGAUCAUUAUCCGAAGAAACCCGCUGACGUUCCAAAAAAUUUUGAAAAACCACAGUCGAAAGUACAUACAGAGCAAUAUGGAAAAAUAGUUAAAGAAGGAAACGACCGCCCAGAUAAUAUUGUCGAAAAUGUAUUUGGAAAAAUUCUGGAAAAACCCCCUCAAGAGUUGGAACAAAGCUCUGCUGUUAAUGUCCUCACUAUUACUGGAGUUGUAUGUUUGUUCAUCAGUGUAACAGUUUUUAUUGUUUUGUACUUUAUUUGUUACAGAAGAAGAAAACAAGUUCAAGUACAACAAUCUAACUUGAAAAACACAUCUAAAGACAAUCAAGCAUUCCUUAUUGACGGAUGUAAUAUAAUGAAAAUGAUUAACACAAAAAAAAGUAAUGAAACUUACGAAGGCGUGAGAUCUGAAUCGUCUCCAAAUUAUAAACUUACGAGGCAAAUAUCCAGUAGUACGAUUGAUGCACAUACUAAAGUAAGAGAAUGGAUCACACAUGAGAUUAUUCAAAAGUACAGCCCCCAUAUAUUUAGGCGAACCUGUUCCAGUAACGAAACUAAAGAUCAGAAAGGCUUUCCAAAGAAACAUGUAUAUAUGGAUGUAGAAGAAAAUAUGCUAGGUGAUGUACCAUUUGAAACAUAUAUUAAGACAUCUACGAUAAGACGACCUAAACCACCCAAAAUAUCCGUUGAAGUGGAUGCUACUCCUUCAGGUCGAGGUCCAAGUAUUUUGUUGCAAGAACCAAUUGAAAUGACAAAAUCACUUGAUAAUAGAGUUAAUAGAUACGAACAAACAAAACCUUUGCGAAGAUCUUUCACAAUGGAAAAUGUUCCAUCUGAAGUAAUUAACUGUGCAAAGGAAAUUGACAAAAGUAUUAGUACUACUGAUUUAAACAAUACAGUGAGACCUAUUCAUAAGCAUACAGUGUCAGAUCCUGUAGAAGAUUUAGAAUAUUUAACGAAGACGACUUUAAAAACGUUUGAUUACACUGCAGAUGUAAACGUUACGUCAAGGGAUGAAAAUGAUAUGUUUACCACUCAGCUGUCCCCUGAACAAUCACUUAAUUUAAUAAAGAGAAGAAAUUUUCCCAAAGUUUUACCUGAUUAUCCAGAUAAGGCAGCUUUAAUAAAUAAAAGACGGUCUAUGCCAAUAGCUCGUUCCAUGAACACAGAUUCUUCAUUUAGAUAUCCUCCUAUGCCCCCACCGAGAACUACAACUCUUACUAAACAAGCUACUCAAGUAUAUCCCGUUUAUAUAUCUGAACCUACUUUGGCGGAGGAACCAUAUGAUCAGUUAGAAACAGUUUGCAAUAAUUUAUAUGUUGGUCCAAUCUUACCUAAAAAUAAGACUGAAAAUAAACCUAGUGUAACUAAACAUGAAAAUAAAAUCGAUACUUACGAUCAACCUAAAGAACCAAUUGUAGAGGCGGAACCUAGAAGAGCUGUGGGUCCCAGUCCAAAAAUUGGAAGAGCAGACCCUAAAGUAAUCAUAAAACCUUCUUUACCAAAAAAAGUUGGUAAUGAAAAACCUAAAAAUAUUACAAGAGUUGUGGUACCUGAUAAUCAACCGUUUUCGCAACAAAAUACAUCAGAUAGAUUAAAGGAAGUUAAUUCUGACAAUAAAGAAAAAACAAAUUUUGGAAAAUUUGUUCACGUAGAAACACAGUGCGAACAAAGGUCACAAGACUCGCAAAAAACAACAUCAUCCAUUCGUCCAAAUCAAGGAUCGUUAAGUUCAGAUUCCACUCCGUCAGAAGAAUCUGAUACAGGUACUGUAGUUAAGAAAAUCUGAAAUUUGUAUACGCAUUUUUUAUUUAUUACUUUCGUAUAAAUCUAAAUUUAGUUGUAAUUUUUAUAUUUAAGGUAAACACUUAAUUAAAUUAAUAUU